AUGAAGGAUCUCCAGGAGAAAGAGCCCCUCAUUGAGGAGAUCUGGGACCUCCUGCUUUCCCAGGUAAGGAUCCCAGAGCAGGGCGGAGAGGCUGGUGGCAACUGGGAGGGGGCUGCCUGUGGGUCUCCAGUUGAGUUGGGCGCCUUGAUUUCCUGAUGCUCACCAGGCUUGUUUCCUCUCCCCUGCCCCCUUCUUUCUUUCCUUCCUAACCCCCAGUUUGACGUGGGUGCAAGCAAAGAGGUCCAGCAGUCCAUCAUCAAAUUCAGCUUGCAGCAGGCCAGGGCCCUGCAGUUCCUGCGGACCAAGCAGCAGAAGGAUGCUCACUUGCAACACUUCAUCCAGGUAAGCUGCGUGAGAAGAGGAGUUUGAGCUCACGGAAGGGGCCUUCUCUGCUGGUUUGGCACUCUCCUGGGGGGCUAUUUUCCCAUUCUGGGGGAGGGGGCAGGAGGCCUGUCCGCUUCUCCCUGCUCUUCACUCCUCGGGCAAAUGCCAGAGUGCAGAAGAACCAGCCAGAUGAUGUUAGUUAGGGAUCAUUCCACGCCAGAUCACCUGAUUUUAAUACUCGACCGUGCUCUCACAACUCAGAUUUACUUCAAAAAAAAUUUAGUGUGUAGAUGCCUAUGAGGUAGCCUUAAAUUAAUUUUUUAUAGAUUUUUUUUGUCCAAAAUUGGGCACAGGAGAAAUUUUUUAAUAAUUCUAUUUUCACAUGAUUUAGGCUAAUGCAAUUUCUGGGUCAGUUUAGAAAAAAACCUCCUGUUGUUUUCUUGUCAAGCAAUUGGGCUUAUUUUGGUAUCAAAAUAAAGCUAAUUUUGGUCUCUAUCAAAAUAAGGCAUAAAAAUGGUAUUAAGUGCCACAGUAAAGGGUUUUGAGACGUGUUUUAUUAAAUAAUUAAUAAAGCUUACUUUUUAAAUAUUUUAUAACCACAAAUACACCCUUCUUAUUUUUAAAAUAUAACAAGUUCAUGGUUAGCCCAUUCUACAAAAAAGUAUGAUACGUGCGUUAGUUGUGGUUUGCGUGCUAUGGCUUGUUGAACCUACCAAGGUACAAAAUGACUCAAAUUCACUUUGAACGGUCGGUGACCCUUUUCUGUGGCUCUUGGGUGCUAAACUAUUGUUGGACGCCACCACAAUCUCCAGGUGGCGCAAGAUUCCAAAGGGAUUCAGGGGCUUUCCCUAGGUUUGGUUUCCUUGGAAUGAGGGGAGCCUCCUGUUCUGACAGCAGCCGUCCAGCUGCCCCGAAGGAGAAGCCCCAUAGCAAGCAGGAGCUGAGCAGCAAGACUCACCCCACUUGCUUUGCGGCUUGUGAUCCUGGAGGUGGCCGACUCUCUGCUGUCCAGAAACAUGUUGUCUGUCUGCUUCCUUCUCUGCCUCUCCCAGAAAAUCGAGAGCUGCCCUGAAUGCCACCACUGCCAACUAAAGGAUUUCCUUGAGUCCUAGAUGAAGCACCUGACCAGCUACUCUCUGCUGCUGAAUAACACCAUCCAGCACACUGAUGGUCUCUCUGAUGGUGAUGUCCAGCCCUAACCAAAGGAUCAUAUAAGCGUAAGAUGUUUGCCUCUUAUUCUCCCCCCUCCCCUUCUCCCGGGGUGAAUUACAACCAUUCAAGCAGUUUAAAACAAGUUAUAAACACAGAAGUGAGGUCUAUUUUGGGAGGGACAUACCUUAAGUGUCAAAAAGUAGGGUAGAGGAAUGUGUGUCUUAUAGAUAGAUAGAUAGAUAGAUAGAUAGAUAGAUAGAUAGAUAGAUUAUAUAUGAAACGUAUAUGAAAUAAAUGUGGGGUCACACUUUGGUUGCCUGCCUUUCCAACUGGCGAAUCAAAGCCCCUCCUCUGGGGCUUUAAGAGAAUCGCUCUGUCUCCCCUCCUCCUGCUUUUCCUGGCAGGUGGCUGCACCAUCUGGAGAGGGUGCGAAAACCAGCAGGCAAACCAUUAUUCUGCCCUGCAGGCAGCCCCACCAGGUGCCAUCUCCCUGAGGUUUCCUGGCCUGGGGUAGAAUUUAAGCAGGUGUGCAAUGGGCAUUUGGGCAUGGAGAACAGGGCUGGGUGGUGGGCAUCAGUUCCUCGCUCAUUGGGAUUGCUUGGCCACCCAGGGAACUCCUGGGCCCCGUAGGAGGCAAGAGUAGGUAACUUCCUGGGUAGCAGGCUCCCUGUUUGCAAAGAGCCUGGAAGCAUCUCAAAGACUGACCUUUUUUAUACUGAGGGUUCCUUGUCUCUCAGCAGAGGUGGAGCGGCUAAGAAUAAAGAACCCAGAGAAUCCCAAGGAAGAUCCCAAGGAAGCUUGAGAGGCUGGAGGUGAGGAGUCGGGCGAGAGGGUGUCCUAGCAGGCCAAAGACACAAAGGUGGGGGCAGACCCUUGCUAUUCCAGUCCCAUUUCCUCCUCUGAACGCUUUCCAACAUCUGCACAUGGCCUCUGCUGUGGGAGGCAGGGCAAUGAGUUGAAUCUUGUGUCCAAACCCAGAGCCUGAGAGGAUGCAAUAGUGUAAGCUUUGUGUGUUUGUGUGAGUUGGAAGGGGAGGACCAAAGUCAAAAGGAUGAGAGACAGCAGGCAUGUAGGGGUAGGGUCUCCAGCCUUGCCAGCCCCUCUUUGUCCACGCAGGCCAAGAAAACAAAAUAGGUUUCCACUUUGAGCUCCAUUGCCAUACCCCUCAACUGCCCUUGCCACGCACCCCACUAUUUCUCAGUUCUCGACCACCCCGCGCUCACCUGGAGUCACAGGCAAGGGAGAAGGAGCUGGUCCAAGCCUCAGAGGGCAACGUCUGCCCCUGGAGCAAGAAGCAGCUGGAGGAGGGAGCCAGAGGAGGGGUCUUUGAGAGACCUCUCAAAGUCCCUGUAUUGACGCCACACUCCACUUAAGGGUCUUUGCCUGGCUGGACCACUUUCCUGAUAAGAGGCCACAUGGGCAGAGGAGGUGGGGUGGGUGACUUUUGGCCUGGCUGGACUGUAGCCAACAGGGCAGAAGUGGGAGCUGCAUCCAUGGCUGCUAAUCUUUGGGCCUUGGCCCCUCCCACUGUCGGCAAGAAGUCCCCAGGAGGUUUCCCAUGGGGGCAUGUGGCGGCUGCCCACCUUCUCAGGGGUACCUAACCCCUCCCCACUGGACUCCCCCUUUUGCAGGAGAUGA